GGGGAACGCUAGUGGGAGCGGGCGCCAGGCGAGCGGCGAGGCGCCUGCGCGGUGUCCGGGCCCCUGAGCCCGCGGCGCUGAGACAGCCGGGACGGACAUGCGCGGGAGGGCGCCGUGGGGCAGCCGCGGCUUCGCUGGGGGAAUGAAAGCCACUGGCUGACUACACAUCCCUCCCUGGGCUUCACGAGUUUGAAGACUUCCCAGAAUAAGGCACAAUGUCCAUGGCCGGCGUCGCUGCUCAAGAGAUCAGAGUCCCGUUAAAAACUGGGUUUCUGCAUGAUGGCCAAGCCCUGGGGAGCCUGAAGGCCUGCUGGGGGGGCCGCGGCGAGUUCGAGAACGGCUUUUUGAACAUCGACCCCAUAACCAUGGCCUACAGUCUGAACUCGACGGCGCAGGAGCACCUAACGUCCAUAGGGCGCGUUUCCAGGUCUGCUCCGACGAACGGCAGCCACUUUCCGGAGCACGGCCCCUCCGCCAAGGCCCGCCUGCCCCCUCUCGUCAUCCCCCCGAGCGAAGGCUGGGGGCAGCCGGAGGAGGAUCGGGUGGCGUGUGGAUUGAGGAGGCUGGCAGUGAACGGGCUCGGUGUCCCCACGCCCCCGCUCACCCCCGUCAAGACGCCCCCGGCCCUCCUCCCUGGCGGGGCUCCCUGCGAGCGGGGCUCCCGGCCGCUGCCGCCCCUGCCCAUCUCCGAGGACCUCCCCCUGGACGAGGCGGACUGCGAGGUCGAGUUCCUGACCAGCUCGGACACGGACUUCCUUCUAGAAGACUGCGCGCUCUCCGACUUCAGACCCGACGGCCCCGGCAGGCGCAGCUUCCGUGGGUGCGGACAGAUCAACUACGCGUAUUUCGACACCCCGGCCGUCUCGUCCGCGGAUCUCAGCCAGGCGCACGACCAGGCUGCCGGGGGGACGCGUGCCAGCCCCCCUCCGUCCCAGGCCCACCGGAGACUGCGGAGGUCUCACUCGGGCCCCGCAGGGUCCUUUCACAAGCCGGCCAUCAGGAUCUCCAGCUACGUGCACAGGGCUUCUCCCAACUCCGACGACGACAAGCCCGAGGUGCCCCCCCGGGUCCCCAUCCCUCCCCGGCCGGCCAAGCCGGACUACAGAAGGUGGUCGGCCGAAGUCACUUCCAGCACCUACAGCGACGAGGACAGGCCCCCCAAAGUCCCGCCGAGAGAACCCUUGUCCCGGAGUAACUCCCGCACCCCGAGCCCCAAAAGUCUCCCGUCUUACCUCAACGGGGUCAUGCCGCCCACGCAGAGCUUUGCCCCCGACCCCAAGUACGUGAGCAGCAAAGCCCUGCAGAGACAGCACAGCGAGGGGGCCGCCGGCAAGGUCCCCUGCAUCCUGCCCAUCAUUGAGAAUGGGAGGAAAGUGAGCUCGACGCAUUAUUACCUGCUCCCUGAGAGGCCGCCCUACCUGGACAAAUACGAAAAGUUUUUUAGGGAAGCAGAAGAGACACACGCGAGCACCCCCAUCCAGCCCCUCCCUGCCGACGGCGGUGUCUUUUCGGCCCCAGAAAAGCUGGACUCGAAACCAAGGGUGGAUCUGGCAGGCCACGCGAAGCGCAGACAUUUCUCCUACGUGGUUUCCCCUUAGACCCUGGGUCCUGGCUCAGCAGAGGUGCCGCAGCAGCCGGCGGUUC